AUGUCAGCUGCUCUCGGUCGACUUAAGCUAUUGCAAUACUGGAUGAUCUUGAGCGCAAUGGGAUCAAGUGAGAUAAUUUCAAGCAGUAGACUGGUGUUGAUGGAGGAGGAGAGAAUCCCGCAUAAUCAAACUGUGCAUCGUCAGAUCGUCGCUGGAGAAAUUCAGGUCCUGAGCGAUCAAGGAGCGCACGAUUUACGAAAACGAGAAGACGAAAGCAGUGUGCUACGCAAUGACAGAACAGCGUCCGUGAGCUCAAACGUUGCUGCAGUUUUCCCAAUUUUCAAGUCAUUUUCUGUGUCAUCCUAA